AUGGUCUUGUUGAAUGCUCUGCUCCUUUAAGUUGUUUGGCCCUUUAUGGUGAAACCUCCUUUAACUACAGAAACCCUUUAUUAUACUAUUGCAUGUUUUACUAAGGAAUAAUCUUCAUCUUCUUAAAACUUUAGUAGAAGAGAACAGUAAUUUAAAAAGGAGUUUUGGAGUAGAUCAAUAAGUUAUAGAGUAAGAGUAAAUGUUGUUAUAAUCAAAAGAUCCUUCUAAAAUGUAUAGAUUGUAAAAAGUAUAUGGGAAUGGAUGUGUUGCUCUUCAAAAUGUACCUCCUUAAUUAAUAAAAGUGGUGGAUAUGUGAAAAUAAAAAAUUAGGUAGUCCAUAGAGGAAAUUAUGAAAUAUUUUAAGAGGUCUAUGUCCAUAAUUUGAUUGCAUCUGAGAAAAUGUAACACCUAAAGAACUUUUAAGUCGAGAAGAUUUAUGUGAGUCAGUUAUCGGUUUAUGUUAUAUUCGAAUGUUAAAUAUAAAUAUAAAACAGAAUUAUAACAAAAACAAGAAUAUAUUCGAUUAAUACCUACUUUUUGUAAACAAUGCAAUUAGAGAAGUAUAAUAACAGAUAAAGUGAUCGAUUAUCAGGUGGAAACAAAAGGACAUUAUGUGUUAGUAAUGUAUUAAUUCGAGGACCAUGUUUUUAAUUCAUUGAUGAGCCGAGUACAGAUGUUGAUCCAAUUGCGAAAAGAUUUUUAUGGAGAACUUUGAAGUUGGGAACAAAAGGGAGUUUAAUAUUAACUACUCAUACUACGGAUGAGGCUGAGAAUCUGCGCGAUAAGAUUGCAAUUUUAGUGAAGGGAUAAAUUUAUUGUUUGGGCAGUCCAUAAGAAUUGAGAAUUAAAUAUGGGGAUGGCUAUGAUAUGAAAUUAAGAGAAUAUAAGAAUAGACAAGAGAUAACACAAUUUCUUAAGUAACAAUUUAAAAAUAUCACCCAAAUCGGAGAGAAGGAUCAAGAAAAUUUAUAAUUCCAUAUAAACUAUCGUAAGUUCUAAUUAUUAGAUACCUGGUAAGUCUUUCGAUUUUACAAUGCCUAUUUCUCACUGGCUGAACUUGUCUAAAGAAAUUUGAUCCAUAAUUUCUCAAUCAAUCAAUCCUCUUUAGAAUCUGUAUUUCUGUAAUUUUAAAAACAAAUUGAUUAAUAUAAUUGA